AUGCGAAGUAAUAAUUUCAAUUCAGAAGUAUUGGGAUUAGUUCUGGUAUUUCAGUCGAAACAAGUUUCGACUAAUUUUGAUCUGCAAACUUUCAACCUUACAAAUACGUACAGUAGUUAG